AUGGUACACAUGACAAACCACGAUGCCUGGGCAAUCCAGAAAACAAUUUUACAAAUGGAAUUUCCAUUUAUUGUUUUGAAGUCGCUUCAAUUUGCAUUAUUUCGAACAUACGGCAUACCCACAAUUUCAACUCUCCUUCUAAAAACCUCACAACUCUCCGACUCUACAACCUCAUUCAAAAGAUAUGCGGACACAGGUACUUUGAUUGGAGAGUUCAUGGCCUUCGAACCCAGUUCAGAAAGAUCACAAACCGCCAUCGCGCGCACAAAGUACCUCCACAAAGGAUACCGAGCAAGCGGCAAAAUUCUAGAAGAUGACAUGCUCUAUACAUUAAGUCUGUUUGCAUUGGAACCAAUCCGCUUUGUGAAAUUGUUCGAAUGGCGCGAGAUGACAGAAAUGGAACGUUGCGCAGUAGGCACAUACUGGAAGAGUCUCGGAGAUGCCCUGGGGAUCAGCUACGAGGUACUUCCAUCAGGCAAGAACGGAUUUCAAGACGGGAUUCACUGGUUAGAGGAAGUUAGUGCAUGGGCCGAGCAGUACGAGAUACAGCAUAUGAAACCACAUCCAAGAAAUAAAGAGAUCGCAGACAAAACAAUCGAUGUUUUGGUAUAUAACCUACCAGGAUUUAUGAAGCCACUGGGGGUAUACUUUGUCUCAUUUCUGAUGGAUGAUAGACUUCGCGAGGCAAUGAUGAUUGAUCACCCUCCAGCAUUUUUCUCUGCUGUGUUCGCAUCUAUCUUCCAAAUUCGCAAAUUGUACUUGCGAUAUUUCGCUCUACCGCGACCUGAAUUCAUGCGGUUGGAUGUAUUCACUGAGAAGCCCAAUAAGCAUGGACGGAACUUUGUGUUAACAUAUGAAGGCGCGCCUUUCUAUGUGCAACCCACGAUCUGGAAUCGAUGGGGCCCUACUGCCUGGUUGAAAUGGGCAGCGGGGCAGCCUUUGCCUGGCGAUGAUGGUAAUAAAUACUAUCCUCAAGGAUACUACACACCUGACCUUGGGCCAAAGUAUUUCGAAGGAAAAGGGCACAAGGAGGUGGAGACAAUCAAGGAGAGCCUCAAAGAGCAGAGAAUGGGCCUGUGUCCGUUUCCCUGA